AUGCCUCCCUGCGUUCGCGUCUCGGCCCUGUACACUGUUCAGGACCCGACUCCGCGCUCCCAGUUCCAUCAUGUCUGCGACAUCACGCCCACCAUCUACGAGGCAGUCGGAAUCACUCCGCCCGAGCACGUGGAGGGCGCUGCUCAGAUUCCCCUGGAUGGCGUGUCCAUGGUGUACACAUGGAACAACGUAUCUGCCACAGGACGGAAAGACUCGCAGUACUUCGAGGUCAUGGGCAGCCGGGGCGUCUACAAGGACGGCUGGUUUGCCAGCGUCUUCGGGCCCCGAAUUCCCUGGGCGGAUCCCAACGAGACGCGCAUGAAGCAGUGGAACCCUGACACCGAUGUCUGGGAGCUCUAUGACCUCACUAAGGACUACACCCAGGCCCAUGAUUUGGCCAAGCAGAUGCCGGAGCAGGUUGAGAAGAUGAAGCAGAUCUUCAUGGUGGAAGCCACGAGGAACAAGGUCUUGCCCGUUGGUGCAGGCUUGUGGACCAUUUACUACCAUCCAGAGCAAGGACCAAGAUCUCAUCUCAAGGAGUGGUACCUCUACGAGGGCAUGACGCGAAUUGCGGAGUCCAACGCUCCGAUCUUCCACAGCGGUUUCAGCUCCGUGGCCACUCUGGAUGUGGAGGUGCCCAAGAACGGCUCGGGAGUCCUCUACUGCGUGGGUGGCACGGCGGGCGGAUUCUCCGUGUACAUGGACCAGGGCUACCUCUACGCAGAGUACAUGGCCACCCUGCUGUAUCGCUAUGUCACGAAGUCCUCAGCGCCAUUGAUGCCUGGCUGA